AAGAAGGGUCACAACAAAAUGUGUGUCCCCGACUAAAGUCACACUAUUUCCGCCCUGUUCGGUGCCGUCCUCCGCGCCUCGUGUCCCGUGGAGAGUUCAGAUGGACUUUAACAAUCCUCGUGAGAUCCUCGUGUUGUGACUGACAGACGCGGUCUUGUGUUGUCUCAGGUCCCCUCUCAGAGUGACACACCGCGGCUGAGGAUGGAUGGGCUCUGCGCGGCUGUCCAGUCUUUUGUCCUGCUGACACUUGUGUCCAUAUCAUGUGCUGUUCUCCAGCCCUAUGACCUUCUGUACGACAACGCGGUGCAGGCGUUUUACCGGAGCGACUACGAGAGCGUGGUGCUCCACAUGGAGGCUGCGCUCAACAGCUCCUCCGAGCUCCGACGCACCAAGGUCCGAUGUCGGCUCAGGUGCCAGGACCAGCAUCCGUUUGAGGAGAGCUUCACGGACCUCCGCUUCUUCGACACCGUCCUGCGCAGAGCGGCCUGUACGAAUUCCUGUAUGGAGGAGAGAGUGGGCGCUCAGUCUCUUCACAAAGUUAGUGAGGAUGUGGUGCAGGACUUCAACAGGCGGAUCCCAUACAACUACUUACAGCUGGCUUAUCAGAAGUUGAAGAUGCCAGACAAAGCAGCAGCAGCAGCUCACACGUAUUUCCAGGCAAACCCUGAACACGUUGAGAUGGGACAGGACCUCGAGCAGUACAAAGCCCAGCGGGGCGUGAGGCCGGAGCAUUUUGUGGACAGAGAGGCUCGCUUGCAUCAGCGCUAUUUCACAGAUGCUGUUAAGUUGUACGACAAAGGAGACUAUGAGGGGUCUAUUGUUCUGUUUGAAGAGGCUCUGGUGGAGUACUUUAAAGCGGAUGUGGAGUGCCGGGCUUUGUGCCAAGGACCACAGAAGUUUGAGAACCAUGAUUACCUGCGCUAUCGCUACAGCCUACAUGAGCUGGUAUCAGACCACUUCACUCAGGUGUUGCACUGUGAACAUGAGUGUGUGAGAGACUUGGCCACUCGACCUGGACGCCUCUCACCAAUGGAGAACUACCUGCCCCUCCACUACGACUACCUUCAGUUUGCAUAUUACCAGACGGACUGGCUGGAGGAGGCCCUGCAGUGUGCCUUGACCUACCUUUUGUUUCAUGAAGAAGAGGAGUUUAUGACUGAAAAUGUGGAUUACUACAGGAUGCUGGAACAGGACGGAAAGCCACGAGAGGAAGCUGCUUGGUACCUCAGGAGACACAAACAGGAACUAGAGCUACUUCUUAUGGGCAGUGAAAUCAUGGGAGCCGAGUUUAUAGAAGGGAAUUACUGGAGUGGCACAGGUGGAAGAGAUGACUCAAACAGAAUUCCCUCUGGUACUGAUGGUGGAUUGGAAUAUGUUCCUAUUUCAAACAAAAAGAACAUCUCUUCAGCUGUUUUACAAAAGCAAGAAGGGGGCCCUCUAGUGUACGACAGUGUGCGUCUGGUGAAGAACUCUGCUGCUUUGAAUGGAUCUCAGAGAGUGCUUUUGGACAGUGUCAUAUCUGAGGAACAGUGUUCAGAGCUUAGACACUUGGCACAUUCUGUCACAAUGGCUGGAGAUGGUUACCGAGGACGGAUGUCACCACACACUCCAAAUGAAAAGUUUGAGGGAGCCACAGUACUCAAAACUCUACAGUAUGGAUACGAGGGCAGAGUACCUCUCAGAAGUGCACGACUCUUUUAUGAGGUCAGCGAAAGAGCCAGAAGAAUCAUCGAGUCCUACUUUCUACUCAACUCUACACUGCAUUUCUCAUAUACACAUUUAGUGUGCCGCACUGCCAUAACAGGUCAGCAAGAUCACAGGAAUGACCUGAGCCAUCCUAUACAUGCGGAUAACUGCCUGUUGGAUCCUGAAGCCAAUGAAUGCUGGAAGGAACCACCUGCUUACACAUACAGAGACUACAGUGCAUUACUGUAUCUCAAUGGAGAUUUUGAUGGGGGAGAAUUUAUUUUCACAGAAAUGGAUGCCAAAACCGUCACGGCCUCAGUGAAGCCCAAGUGCGGUCGAAUGGUGGGUUUCUCAUCUGGAGGAGAGAACCCACACGGAGUGAAGGCAGUGACCAAUGGACAGAGGUGUGCAGUGGCUUUAUGGUUCACCAUGGAUCCUCUUUUCAGAGAACUAGAGAGACUGCAGGCUGAUGAAGUGAUCCAAGCGCUGGACACACAGUCAGUGUGGACACAAAGUCUCAACAUCAACCCUAAAGAUGAACUCUAAACAAACAACUGCAAUGCUUGCUUCUCCUCACUAAAAUAACUUUAUUAUUUUAAUAUUUAUUUAAUGUCCUUUGGAUAAGAACAUGUCUAUUUUUGUAUUAAGUGUAAUUAUGUAUUAUAUUAUUAAGGACUUUAUGUGUGAUGCCACACACCAGUACUUGACUUUUUUGUCUGCAUACAUACACGUAGAGUUAUUGUUUAAUGGUUGUGUAUACUGUGAAGAUAAACAUGAUUCCAAUUACAAUGUCAAUGGUCAGUACACAACUUACAUUCACAUUUUAAUGUUUUUCAGUCAUUCUUAUUUAGCUAGUGCACUGUUUGAACAAACUCUCUGUUGCUGAACAUUGAAUGCACUCUGAAAUGUGUACUUAUUUACUUUAUUUGUUAUUCUUUGAGAAAAUGCCUUGGGGCACAGAGAAACUGGUUUACCUGUACACUGAGAAGAGUUGGUGUUUAUUUAUAAGUUUUAGACAGCUACACCUGUAACUGUUAGUAAUAUGAUGAGCUUUUUUCAUAAAAGCAAAUGCCAGUCGUUCCUGUUUCAAGGAAUACAUAUUUUAUUUCUUAAUAACUAUGUCCUUGCAGAGUCAUGCACUGUAAAUCUUAAUUUUAUUUUAUUUGUGCUCAUUGGGUUUCUGUUGAUUAUGUUGCAAGAUGUU